GGGAGGGAGGGAGACUGUGAGAGAGGGAUAGAGAACGAGGGAGGAUAUAUUGAUACAAAACGACGGUGGUUUCUCUUCAGUGUGUGUGAGAGAGACCAUGAGUGAAGACAAGAUGGAGUGCUGGAACAGAUGAAGACUGUCAUUGGUUCUUUCCAGUGGUCCCGAUGAGCGUUUCCAAACCACCUCCACCCCAUUCCCAUUUCCCCCCCAGCAACCCGUCCUCCCAUCUCUCUCUGCCUUCUUCCUCCCCCUCUCCCUCCACCCCUCCCUCGGCCGCGGGUCCCCCCAGCCCCGCUGUGCCUCCUCCUCCCUCCCCAGUCAAGAUCUCUAUGCAGGAACACUUUGCCAUCAAUGUGUGCCCCGGCCCCAUCCUUCCCAUCCCACAGAUCUCCGACUUCUUCCCUCGUUUCCACGACUUCCCCAUCACCCCCCCUCCACCCCGGGAAAAACAAGUUCUAAAGGACAAAGACAAGGACAGAGACGGGAACGGAGAGAAAGACCGCAAGAGGGAGAGAGAGCAAGAGGAGAACGGGGAGUUUGCCGACUCGGAUGACGAGGACACCUACCUGGGAACCCUGGAGUUCAGCCUGCUAUUUGACCAAGAAAAUAACUGCUUGCACUGCACAAUCAACAAGGCCAAGGGACUAAAGGCCAUGGACUCCAAUGGACUGGCGGAUCCAUAUGUGAAACUCCACCUCCUGCCUGGAGCAAGCAAGGCAAAUAAAUUGCGCACUAAGACUUUAAAGAACACGCUGAAUCCAGUGUGGAAUGAAACUCUCAUCUAUCAUGGCAUCACGGCUGCUGACAUGACCACCAAAACCCUCAGGAUGUGUGUGUGUGAUAUGGAUCGUUUAGGACGGAAUGAGUUCAUUGGGGAAGUCAGGGUGGCCCUCAAGAAACUCAAGGAGGGAGAGAGCAAGAAAUACAACAUGGGCCUCGAGAGAAUUGCACAGACCCGGGAGGGUAACAGCCAGGCAGUGGAUCCUGGGGCUUCUGUUGCAGAAGAGGAGCGUGGCCGUAUCCUGGUCUCUCUGAUGUACGUCACAGAGAAAAGUUCUCUGAUUGUGGGAAUUAUUCGCUGUGCUCACCUGGCCGCCAUGGAUUCGAAUGGCUACUCAGACCCUUUUGUCAAAAUUGUUUUGCGGCCUGAUAUGGGGAAAAAGUCCAAGUACAAAACCUCAGUGAAGAAGAAGACUCUAAACCCGGAGUUUAACGAGGAGUUUUCCUAUGAAGUCCCACUUGAUCAGCUAGCCAAAAAGACCCUGGAGAUCUCAGUCUGGGACUACGACCUAGGCAUGAGCAAUGACUUCAUAGGUGGUGUUGAAUUGGGGAUUAACGCAAAAGGAGAGAGACUGAAACACUGGUUUGAGUGUCUAAAAAACAAAGGAAAGAAAGUGGAGUACUGGCACACUCUAACACAGCAAGGAGCCCCUAGCAGUGACUAACACAGACAAGCACACACAUCUUCAUCCUCUGAAAAGUAAUAAUGAUAAAGAAAUGCAAUAAUGCUCAGUCUGAGCAUGAUGACGAUGACGGCGACAUUCAAUAUUAAUGCGUGAGAAAAAGCAUCAUAAUCUAUUGUACAGCUUCAGAUUCUUUUGUGAUGAGAAAGAAGCAAGUGUGUGAUCACAAGCCCAGAUUGUGACGCACAAACAAUCGACCCUUUUUUCUGGUCUACACGUCACUAAUGUGAAAUCGUACUGUGUUGUGACUAUGCCACAGGAGCUCAUGCCAUAUUAUAGUGUUAUUGUUUAAUACAUGUGAAACGUGCAAUAGCAUCCUGGUGUUUGUUACAGUUGGUGGUGCUUUAAUUUUGCACACUAUCAAAGCACAACACAUCCAGCUGACUGUAAAUGUGUAUGUGUACCUAUGUAUUUAUCUUUUGUGAUUUGUAACGGAUGAAAGUUUACAGUCUCUUCCAGCCCGACAAAAAUAUGAUGCACAGGAAAAGCACAAGGGAUGGUGGGUGAAGGAACUCUAAAUCAAUGAAAGGAGCUGUCUAUGGAUUUAAACGUUCACUCAAGAACUGCCACCGCCUGUCACUUCGAGAAGAACCAAAUGACAGUCACCUCAACACAAAUGUGUGUGUGAAUGCCCCUGUCUGUGUUUUGUCUUUGUACGUGUCUCUGUUGAAUGUUUGUACAGUCUCCUACACAAAAAAACAAGCGCUGAUGCACAUUGACAGUAUUUUUCGCUCUCUCUCUAUGGCGCCCUCUACUGGUUUAGAGGCCUUACUGCCAGGACAGUGCCAGUAUGGAGGGUGAAUCGCCUCUGGCAGGCCUCAUGCACGACUGCACGCCCCAUUAGGGGUUAAAUUAGCAAUCAAACCAAGCCUUUGAAGGACAAACUAACCUGUCAAGUAUGUCUUUGUUUCAGAACAGAAAAUCUUGCUCUGUUCGCUUUGUUACAUUUGUUUUGUUAUCCUGACAUAAGAUCUGUGAAACGAUACAGAUUUCUUGCCAUGCGUGGGAAUUUCGGCUGUAAUUGUAUCUGUGUGACUGCAUUUAUUAGCUGUUUAUUAGAUUCCAUAAAUCAGCUACCUGAAUCUACUUUUCUGAAUCUGGUCUUGAUCGAAGACAUUUUAUGCAUUUAAUUGCACAAAAAAAUAUUGUUUAUCCUGUCCUUUCAUGACCCCAGUGGCCAUUCCUGACUUGGAGUUGUUGUUUUUUUCAUAUAUAGUUUCUUACAUUUGAGUUAUCAAAUGAAUUGCCUAAGCGGUGUAUAAUUAUCAAAUGUUAUUCUAAGCAGCUGCAUGCCAAGUGAAUGUCAUAUGCUUUGAUGGACCACCGAUCUGCAGUGCUUAUGUUUGUCCUAAUAUCCAUCAGUGGGCCCAUCUAAGGGUAUUUAUUUUUGCUCAGUGAAUUGGGACAAUCCAGGCUACCUUUGAUGAAACAGCAUGGCAUUUAGAUAAUGGACUGGCGUCACCUGCCAGCCAAGAUGGGACUCCAGGGGGAGCGUUAAUGAAGGAGGGGUCAAACUGAAGGAGGAUUAUUCAAGUCUCUCUCACGUGUCCUCGUUGACUGUCCGUGUGGAACAUGUUAUGUGACUGCCAUCGUGUGUCGGUCUCUGUAACUGCUUGUCCGAAAUAAAUUGGUGAAACAGUG